ACGUGACCUGUGUUUACAUCCUCUCAGCUGAGACUCUCUCCUCCACCACACAGCAGCUCGCGCUCACCAACUUACUCCUCUCCACGCGGACCUAACCAGCUAACCAGCCAACUAGUUAACCAGCUAACCAGCUAGUUAGCACAACUGACCGGCGGUUGGCCUCUAAAACAGGGAGGCUGCUACCGUCUGAAAGUCACUGACCGUCGCAUUGCUGCACAGAGCAUCCAGUGAAUGCGACACGGCAUCGUCACUUGCAGCCCAGACAUGACCGUAGUCUGAACCGACGCUUGAGGAGUCCCAUCUGCAGCGACGUUCAGGUCACGCGUUCAAUCCCCCAUGCCACUCUGAGGAGGAAUCGCUCACCCGGAGUACGAGUUCGGCCCCCUUGUGUUUCCCCUUCUCUUUCUCGCCAUGGGGGGAGCCGUGAGCGCCGGGGAGGACAACGACGACCUCAUUGAUAAUCUGAAGGAGGCCCAGUAUAUUCGCACGGAGAAAGUCGAGCAGGCUUUCCGGGCCAUAGACCGCGGCGACUACUACCUGGACGGCUACCGGGACAGUGCAUACAAAGACUUGGCGUGGAAGCACGGAAACAUCCACCUGUCUGCUCCGUGUAUAUACUCUGAGGUGAUGGAGGCUCUCAAGCUGCAGCCUGGACUCUCUUUCCUCAAUCUGGGCAGUGGGACUGGCUACCUGAGCACAAUGGUUGGCCUUAUCAUAGGGCCAUUUGGUGUGAACCAUGGAGUUGAGCUCCAUAAGGACGUGGUUGAAUAUGCCAGAGAGAAACUGGAUGAUUUCAUAAAGAAUAGUGACAGCUUUGAUAGGUUUGAGUUCUGUGAACCCGUCUUCGUGGUGGGGAAUUGCCUCGAAAUCUCAACAGACAGUCACCAAUACGAUCGCAUCUACUGCGGCGCCGGAGUGCAGAAAGACCAUGAAAAUUACAUGAAAGUACUGCUGAAAAUUGGAGGCAUUCUGGUGAUGCCUAUAGAGGAUCAGCUGACCCAGAUAACCAGGACUGGCCAGUGCACAUGGGACAGCAAAAACAUCUUGGCGGUGUCCUUUGCCCCCUUGGUCCAGCAGAGCAUAGCUGAUGGAGAGAAGCCCGACGCUGUCCAGCUGCCCCCGGUGACCGUCCGCAGCCUCCAGGAUCUGUCUCGGAUCUACAUACGCCGCACUCUGAGGAACCUGACCAACGAGGACAGUCUGGGGAAGGGAACCGUGCAGAGGGUUCCCCAGAAACGCAAACGCAGGCGUUGCCGCCGGCGACGCAUCAACACCUACGUGUUCGUGGGCAAUCAGCUGAUCCCACAGAUGGUGGAGAGCGAGGAGGAGGAGCACGCCGAGGAGGAGCACAAGGAAGUGGAGGAGGAGGAGGAAAGAGACAUUGGCGACAUUGAAAUCCUCAAGCAAGUGAACGUGUUGAGAGACCAAAUAAUGUCUUUACCGCUGCCGGAGUCACUGAAGGCAUAUUUGCUGUAUUACAGAGAGAAAUGACUGAUUUAAUAACAUCCACUCUUUGUGGGUGCAGCGCCUGCUGAAAUUCUUUUUUCUCCACCCUUUUUUUCAGUACAAAUGUAGCAUUAUUUCCAUUAAAUCGUAAUGGCAAAAACUGUAAUAGAAAGAGAUGUCAUAGAUAUUGGAUAAUAAUGUUACCAUUGUAAGCAAUUGUAUGAAUUUGUAUAUCAAAAACAAAAAAUGUAUAAAGUAGACUAAAUGGACAGUUUUCAGAAAACCCAUUUUGAGAUUCAGAUUUUAUCACAACGGCAGGAUUUCUGCAGAAAUGUGCAGAUUAAAAAAAAAUAAUUGUAUAUGAGAAAAAAAAAGUUCUUAUUAUAUUUGUCCAAAUAUGAUCAUGCUAUGAUGAAAGACUUUUAUUGCAGCUUUUAUAGAAGCUUUAACUUACUGUCAGGGUCUGGUGAUUUAUUGAUCUCCAGAAAAAGAGAAAGCUAAAGACACUGAAAGUUAGAAUGAGGCCACAUACUCCCCUUUUUUUGAGUUUCUUUCAUAAUCAUGAAUGGGGAACUUGUGUCAUUACUCGUAUUGAGAUUUCGUGUUUUGUACCUUCCUGUUCCAAGAGAUCAUUGAGAGACUUUAUGGGUUUCAUCAUUUUUUCUACAGGGCACCUUUUUGAUGUAACUUUUUCUACCGGGUGCUUGUGUUUCCUCACUUUGCAUUUGAAUAGCCGACAUCCUACUUGAUAUGAUAAGGUGUCGUCGGCCGCUCUCCUCUCCAUGGUUUCCCCAUUGGUGAUGCAAAUAGUAUCAUUAAUCAUAUCAGAGGUUGGGAAUAAUUAUAAACUGAUGACGGGUGUUCAGUGGUGGUUGUUCACAUUUUUAGCUUUGUUUUCAAGGGGUCUGGUAAAGGGGAGAUGAUAUUCAAUAAUGCAUGAAUAUACUGUCAACGUGUUGGGUGUUCCUGACUUUACUUCACAUCUUACGAUUGGUCACUGGAGGUGAUGUCCCAAGUGAUCAAGACUGGAAAUGAGUUUAAAAAAAAAAAAAAAAAAAAAAAAAAAGGAUUUAAAGAAUAUUAAUCAAUUAGAUGGCCUUGAGACAAAUCUCAAAUCCUGUAUAGUAAUGCUUUUUUUUUGGUUUUGUUUUUUAAAAUCGACAGCAAUGCAAAUCAGAAUCGCUGAGGAUUUUGAAGCCUUUUGUAUCCUGGACUGUAGACGCGUCCUACGAAGCACCUUUAGUCUGCCGCCCUCAAGUGAGAAAGAAAUGAAUCAUUUGUAUUGCGGACUGGACUUGUUGUGAUGUAAAUCCUGUUUAAUCAAAGUACAAUUCGCUUGCAGAACUUCCCUGAUAGUGGUGGCUUCAUAAGUGCCAACAUGCUGCAUCACUUUAGGACUUCUGUGAGUUUUCUGGCACAGGAAAUUAACCUUAAAAAAAAAAUAUAUAUAUAUAAAAAGGUAUAUUUCUACAAAAAAACAUUCCACGGUGAAAAAAAUAUGAAGACAACCACACAUCACUGAUUGAUGUCACACUUUUUUCUUCAUGCUUUACAGUCAGACUUUGGAGAUUUGGUUCAUCUUACUUUGAAUGCAUCGUUUAGUAUUCCAAAAGCUGAGUUGAAUGUUGUUGAUAUUAAUUCUAUUCAAUAUAAAAAAAAAAGUGAUGUAUGUGUGUAUUGUUAUCAUAUGAUUCUGCAUAAAGUUUGAUUUGGUUUGUCGUAGCGCCCUUUUGCUGUACUGUAUCUUGACACUGGGAACUCUGUAGAUCAAAACUCCACUGCUGUCUGUUUCAAUAGAUAAGAUAUAAUAGUGCUUUAGAUAUUCAUUUUUGUUCUGGUGUAAUGAAAAAUAUUUUGUUUGAAAAAAAACGGGAGUGAUUAUUCUAUUAGUAGUUUGUGUGUGCAGAGGUAACAAUUAUUUUCUGUAAGGUUUUUUUUUUUUUUUUUUUUUUAUACAUUCAUUGAAAAAGCUUUGCAAGUAAGCAAUAAUGGAAUAAUUUCUCAUCUUAUAAUUACCAAUAACAUCAUAGUCCCAUUUUGAUUUGCAUAGUGUCCAUUAAAAUCCUCAUGACCAAUUACUGGCAUGCAAUGGUUUAUAUACCAUUAUCUAAAACAUAAUUGCUAAUCAGAGAGCACAUUACGUAUUGAAAGCAGGGGACCUACAACCUCGACUCUCAGGUCACGCCUUGCACCAAAGUUAAUGGGACUGCUGUGAUCACGUCUGAUGUGGACGACAUUCGACUACAAAAAAAGAAAAGCACCCGGUAAAAGAGCCAGUCAUAACCAAUUCUGUGCUUUUAUAUUAAGUUCAUUUGUUAAGAGCCAAAAACAGUUGUGUCGCUGUUUAUCAGGCCCAGGUUGAUUUUAUCAUAGUGCGUGCAGUUCAUUUUUUGAAAAUGUGAUGUUUCUCCGUAAAUGUUUGGCACAAAAAUAAAAAGGUCA